AUGAGGUUUGCCAGGCUCAUUUCAGUCGCCCUCCUCCUGGGAGCGGUUGACGCCAAUGUCCUCUUCCGUGAAAACAAGCCUGCCUACGAAGGCUGGAGUCUUGAGGAGACGCGCAACUUCCUGGUGGCGCAGGGCGUCAAGGUCAAGGACUCUGCCACGAUCCAGGACCUGCACAAGGAGGCCGCCAAGCACGCUGACGCUGCUUCGAAUUGGGCCUCUGCGCAGGCUUCACAGGUCAGCGCAGAUGCUGCCGCUGCGUCCGCCAGAGUUGCUGCCUCCAUAAAGGGCGUUGACUCUCAAGUUGUAGAUGCGUGGGAUGAGUCCCAGCUUCGUGAAUGGCUUCUUGAACAGGGUAUCAUAUCGCCAGCCAGUAAGCCCGAGCAGCUACGCAUCCUCGCCAAGCACAAGGUGUCGCGCCUCUCUUCAGCAGUCUACGGCGGACCCACUGAUCACGCCAAGGCGUCUGUCGAGAGCGCCGCGUCCGAGGUGUCUUCUCACGUCUCGUCCGCGGCUGGGAUGACCUACAACUGGGCGAGUGGCAAGCUCGACGAUACCAGAGACUACGUGUUCAGCAAGUGGGACGACUCGGACCUCGAGGACUGGCUCGAAGUCCAUGGCGUUAUCAAGCCCAACCCAGUUAGCCGCAACGGGCUGCUGGCGGCGGUGCGCGAGGCAUACACCAAAACUAUUACCCCGAUCUACGACUCGUGGGAAACGAGCACGAUCCACCAGUGGCUCGUUGACCACCACGUCAUCCCCGCCCCGAAGAGUAGACGCGACGAGCUCCUCGCGAUGAUGCGCGAGAACUACUACGACGCGUCGGACAAGGUCUAUACUGCUUGGGACGACAGCAAGUUGCGCAAGUGGCUCGUUGACGAGGGCGUGCUCUCGACCUCGUCGCCCGACCUCAAGCACGACAAGUACAUCAAGCUCAUGGACGAGCAUUAUGAACAGUCCAAGAAGGUUAUCUGGAGCGCCUGGUCCGACUCGGACCUGCACGCCUGGCUCGUCGACCGUGGCAUCAUCCGCUCAUCCACACUCCACAAGCGCGACGAGCUCAUCAGAUACAUGGAGAAGGAGUACAAGGACAAGACGCGCACGCCAUACCUCGCCUGGCCUGAUGCCCGCCUUCGUGCUCAGCUUCGCUCGUAUGGCGUCGAUGACAAGAAGAUCGUCGGCCGUACCAGCCUCCUCCAGGAGAUGCGGGUGCACUACGUCGAGAGUGAGAACGCUGUCACCAAGAUCGUCAAAAUGAUCCAGGGCUAUAUCGAGCAGGCGGUCGGGCUCGUGACCGCCACCAUCAAUGGCUUCCUAGGCGACAUCCAGUUUGGUGCCAAGUCGGCCGAGGACACGCUCAAGCACGGCAUGUCGUUGGCCUCAUCCGGCCUCGACCGUGCAAUGUCGUCCGCCUCGUCGGUACACAGCUCCCACUCGCGCAGUGUCAACAGCGCCGUGACUGCUAUCUCUGAAUCCGCGUCCAAGUCGGUCGAGCAUGUCCGCUCCGAUGCCCAGGCCUCGCUCGACGCGGUCUCGAAUAAGCUUGCGCACUCGUAUUCCUCUGCGUCCUCGUCGGCCGAGAGCAAGGGCCACCCGUCCGUCGAGUCGUUCGCCUCGAGCCUCUCGAAAAGACUGAGCUCCGAUUACUCUUCUGCGUCGAAUUCGGCCCAAGAGGCGGAGAACUCGGCUUCGAGCAAGGCAGCCAAGCUCUACACGGACGCGACGAAGAGCUCUCACGUCGCCAUGUCGUCGUACUCUAAGGAAGCCGCGAGCGCCGCAGCCUCGGCCUCGAGCGUCUUCGCCCAAGCCACCAACAGCCUCUCGAGCGCAUACUCUGUCGCAUCCAAGAAUGCCGCCUCGGCCGCGGCCAACGUCAAGAAGGAGCUCUAA